AUGAAAGAUCUUGGAGACCUAAAGUAUUUUCUGGGCAUUGAGGUAGCAAGGGGGAGAAGUGGAAUCUUCUUAUGCCAAUGGAAGUAUGUUCUGGACCUUCUGACUGAAACAGGUUUGUUAGAUUGCAGACCGGUUGACACACCUAUUGAGCAAAAUCACAAGUUGGCAGAGUAUCCUGAUCAAGUUUCUACAGAUAGGGCUAGAUAUCAAAGAUUGGUUGGAAGAUUAAUUUACUUGUCUCAUACCAGACCAGAUGUAGCAUAUGCAGUCAGUGUAGUGAGUCAGUUCAUGCACAACCCAAGUGAGGCUCAUAUGGAUGCCGUUGUGAGAAUUUUAAGAUACUUAAAUACUGCACCAGGGAAAGGUUUGAUGUUUUCUAAACAUAAUCACCUGGAGGUGAGUGGCUUUACUGAUGCAGAUUGGGCUGGCUGUAUUACUGACCAGAGAUCUACUUCAGGGUACUUUACAUUUGUAGGAGGAAACUUGGUUACUUGGAGAAGUAAGAAGCAAAAGGUGGUAGCAAGGUCUAGUGCUGAAGCAGAGUAUAGAGGGAUGGCUCAUGGAGUUUGUGAGCUACUAUGGCUGCGUAAUUUAUUGCGUGACUUAGGGUUCAAACCUAAGCAAGCCAUGAAGUUACACUGUGACAAUAAGGCAGCAAUCGAUAUAUCACAGAAUCCGGUACAACAUGAUCGUACCAAGCAUGUGGAAGUUGAUAGGCACUUUAUUAAGGAGAAGCUAGACGUGAAGUUGAUUGACUUUCCAUUUGUUCCAACUGAAGAGUAA